AUGGAAAAUUGUGCAACGUUUAAUGGUGAUCCUGCACAAUUAACUACUUGGUUAAGAGAAACCGGUGCAUUCAUUGCUAAAGAAGGCUAUCCCGAAACUGAUCAUCCAUUUAUCAUUCGUCAUCUGUUAAUUGACGACGCACUCGAUUAUUAUCUGGCUCAUGAAGAUAUUAUCUUCAACUUCUAUGAUCUUCGUAAAUUAUUUUUGCAUAAACAAAAUGCAUUGGCCCCUUUACGCACUCUGCAGUCGCUUGAUUCCAUAGCGACACUUACUCUAAAUUCUACACCAUCUAUUCUUACGUCUACUCAACUUCCUGCUCCUACAACUACUACCGCUGAUAAUCCAUGUGCUACGACAUUUACGUUUGCACAAACUUUGGAAGAUUUAACACAAAAUGAUAUUAGAAAAACCAUUAUUGAAGAUUUACAACACAACUCUACAAAAUUUACAGGCGAUCAUCGACAAGACAGAUUCGAUAUGAUUUCUCAACUGUUGGAUAAAGGCGCACUUGAUUGGUUUCAAGAUAAUAAAGCGAAAUUUAAUAACUCAUGGUCUGAAUUUGUCAUCCACUUUAAAAAAACAUUCGAUUCUCCAAAUCGUGCUCGUAUAGCAAUGCAAAAGCUUAAUUCUUACGCUCAAUCACCACAACAAGAUGUUCGAAGUUUUUGUAGUGAGAUGCGAAAAUUAUUUCAAGAAGGUGAUCCACAAAUGAGUUCAUCGAGGAAAUUAGAAUUAUUGUUGGCCAAAGUAAAUCCUAGCUAUCGUCUUGAUCUAUUGAAACAAAAGCCGAAGGAUCCUGAAGAAUUCGAGAUAAUGGCUAAGGAUCUUGAAAAUACCUAUCUAGCAUUUGAAGCCAUGGAACAGAAUACACAAUCGAUCACACUAUUUCCUUCUGAACUUUCUUCUUUUUCGUUUGACACUCCUCAUUACUUAUCGUCGAAUCGCCAUCAAUCCACACCGUAUAACAAUCAUAACGAUAACAACUAUCGAAACGUCAACACAUCACGUUAUAAUUUACGUUUUCCCACCAACACUAAUUAUUCACCUCGAUAUUCGUCAUCGAAUUCAUCUUACAGGCACAAUCAACCAUCUUCGCGACAAUCUUUUGAUAAUCGGCAAACUGGAGCCUAUUAUAAUUCUCAACGUAAUCCACAACAACAUCUCUUCGCUUACCAACCUCCUUCUCCACUACAAUAACCACCGUCAUCACACAAUAUUCCUCCGCUUAUGUCUUCUUCUCCUUCCGUUUCUACCAACCAGCACCAACAAGCACAAUCAUCUCAACCAACUCCUACCCUUAUCUGUCAAUGGUGUUCUAAGUUAGGACACUCAGCUCGCGACUGUCCUUUUUAAAGUGGAAGUCAGUGUCGGGUGGUACUGUCUCCAAUGCAUCAUCUCUUAAACCAUCCAGACCUUUUCUUCUGUAUACCACACUAACAAUUAAUAAUACACCACUUAAUACUCUCAUUGAUACCGGAGCUUCUGCCACAUGUAUUAGUAACAAAGCCCUUCAACGUACGUCUGACUUCCGUUACGUUGAUGAAACAUCACGUUCAUUUGUACUCGCCGAUGGUGUCAUGCCUCUACAAGUUAAAGGUUCAGUGGAACUUUCUAUGAAAUUUGGUCAAGAACUGAUUACCUUUUAUGCUCUCGUCGUUGAAACUCUUUGCGUUGACCUUAUUCUGGGCAUGGACUUCAUGCUCAUCUAUAAUGCCAACAUCGAUGUUAAGCUUCAACAUUUUUCAUUGGAAAUUGAUGGCCGUUGUACAACAAUUCAUAUUGACGAUCACCUUCGCCGUCCGCUUGUGCCACUUCAUGCACAUGAUGCUACUUUGAUUCCUCCACAUUCAACAGUAUCGAUCUUGGUUUCUUCACCACUUUCGUCAUUAACUGCAUACUUUAUUCCAACUUCUACUUUCCUUGAGAAUCCUCAUCUCUCGUCUUCUCAGAAAAUUGUUACUAUUCAACAUCAUCAUUCAACUCCUUCUGUUAUCAACACGUCUGAUUUUCCUCAACACAUACCACGAUAUUUCUGUUUUCGAUAUUUGCUUAGUGAUCAAGCUGAACAACAGAGCUAUUUCGAUCGAAUUUCUGCUCUCUGUCGUCGUUAUAACGAGAAGAAAAAUCGUCAAGUUUUGUCUGACACCUUUACUCACCCUCAAUUACCUCAGCGCCUUUUUAAUAGUCCAAAAAAACUCUAUCAACCGUCACCCUCGAAAUUUACUGCAGUUCUUAAUUCUAUUCCGCCUUCUCCUUCAUUGCAUUUACAAGAAACUCUAGAUAUAUUGGUAAAACAUCUACUUGAUGAUCAACAACGAAAUCAACUUUCUUCACUUCUUCAUCAAUUCUCUCCCCUUUUCGACAAUUCACGCCACAAUAUUUCCAACAUAGUUAUAGAAAACGUCUUCAAUACUACUCCACAUUCACCACCUGCUUUCCGACC